CAACGGCGGGCGAUUAACACUGUUCACAAGCUCCGAGACGUAGGAAAGAUGGAAUAGAACAGCGAAUGUGUCCGUGCAAAGCUGUUUAAGGAUGUCUGCCACUCGUCUCUUCUCCUAGAAGUGCUCUGCAGGGUAAGCUUUCGAUGCACACUGCUCCUUUCUCUUUCUUUAAGGAAUCUCUGAUCCUUGGAGUCAUGGACUACAUAUUAUUCCAACCUUCCCGGGACUCCAUCUCUGAGAUUUUGGAGCAUCUUCUUUUAGCCCGUGUCUAAAUGAAUAAGGGAUAUCUGUGUCGUUGAUUCCAUCACCACUGGAAGGUUUCGACUAAGAGUUCUUUGUGAUCAUGCACUAAAAUCUUCGGUUGGUACAUUGAGGGCACACCUGUCUCUCAAAUUCACUCACUUGUGUGGAUGUAAGCAGAACUCCGCGGCCGGGAUUUUAAGCACCCUUGUCAUUUGUCCAGCAUGGAUAAAGGGAUUUCUGUAUGCUUGCUUUUACAUUGAACCUGCCUGCGUGAGACAAGGUGAAAGGGGUUUUGGAGACGUUGGGAAUAAGGCGGUCACAUUAAAACGCUGCACGUGGGCCGGCGGGAAUUUCUGACGGAAGCAGGCUCAUGAAUAAUUCAACGGCGGGUUAAAUGAUGUCACAGAUGCAGAAGACGAUCAGGGUUUGUUAUUGAUAUAAGAGAGGAUGCUGCAGAAGACCAGUAUCAGAGUGACCCCAACCUGAUCGCUCCCCCCUUUCCCCGCCCAGUCCUCCACAAUCCCAUGAUGCUCUGCCCGUGCCGAGGGAAGCUGAAGCUGCUGGUGGUUUCUCUGAGUUUCAUCAUCCUCUUCACCUGGGUCUACCUGCUCGUGGGGAACUCAGAAAAUGGGCGCUCCCUGUUCCUCUCGGCAUGCCUGGUGGAAUCCACGGAAGCUCGGCUGCUGGAACGGGACGUCCUGGCAUCACGGGUUCGAGAGGUGGAGGAGGAGAACCGGCAGAUCCGGCUACAGCUGAGCCAAUCGCAGGGCCUGGCUGCCCAGCCUGCCGAGGGUAACUAUGGCAACCAGCAGUGGGUGGCGUCGGCAGAUACCGGUCCGGAGGAUGUGGAGAACACGGCCGAGGAACGGGCCAAUCACAGCGAGUGCUCUCGCUCGCCUACCGCCGAGAAGUGUGAGUUGAUUCACGUGGCAUGUGUGUGUGCGGGUCACAACGCCAGUCGAGAUGUCGUCACUCUGGUCAAAUCCAUCCUGUUCCACAGGAGAAACCCCCUGCACUUUCAUUUCAUCACCGACACGGUGGCCAAUCAGAUCCUCAGCACUCUGUUCCAGUCGUGGAUGGUGCCGUCCGUACAAGUCAGCUUCUAUGACGCAGAUGAACUCAAAUCGGAGGUGUCAUGGAUACCAAACAAACACUAUUCAGGAAUUUAUGGCCUGAUGAAGCUCACCCUCACCAAAGCUCUGCCAUCCAACCUUUCAAAGGUGAUCGUCCUCGAUACGGACAUCACCUUCGCCACCGACAUCGCCGAGCUGUGGGCCAUCUUCCGCAAGUUCACAGAGAAACAGGUGAUUGGUCUGGUGGAGAAUCAGAGUGAUUGGUACCUCGGUAAUCUGUGGAAAAAUCAUAAACCCUGGCCAGCCCUUGGACGGGGGUUUAAUACAGGUGUGAUUUUACUGUACCUUGAGAAACUGCGCAGGAUUGGCUGGGAACAGAUGUGGAGACUGACGGCGGAGCGAGAGCUAAUGAGCAUGCUGUCAACAUCUCUGGCAGACCAGGAUAUAUUCAAUGCAUUCAUUAAACAAAACCCAGUUCUGGUACAUCAGCUUCCCUGCUUCUGGAAUGUCCAGUUAUCAGACCACACACGCUCUGAACAGUGUUACACUGAAGUAUCAGACCUGAAGGUCAUUCACUGGAACUCCCCCAAAAAGCUGCGAGUAAAAAACAAGCAUGUGGAAUUUUUCCGCAAUCUUUACUUGACGUUUCUGGAAUAUGACGGGAAUCUACUCCGGCGAGAACUCUUCGGCUGUCCCAACCAGGCCAGCUCAGAGAGCACAGUGCUUCAGCAAGCACUGGAGGAGUUAGAUGAGGACGACCAGUGCUAUGACUUCCGGAGGGAGCGGAUCAUGUUGCACAGGGUUCACCUGUACUUCCUGCAGUAUGAAUACACGCCUACAGACGACGGCACAGACGUCACGCUGGUCGCACAGCUCUCUAUGGACAGACUGCAGAUGCUGGAGGCCAUCUGUAAACACUGGGAGGGCCCCAUUAGUUUGGCCCUGUACAUGUCUGAUGCCGAGGCCCAGCAGUUCCUCCGCUACGCUCAGGCCUCUGAAGUGCUCAAAAACCGCAAGAAUGUGGGUUAUCAUAUUGUUUAUAAGGAAGGCCAGUUCUACCCUGUCAAUCUGGUACGCAAUGUGGCUCUUCGCAAUGUCAACACGCCAUACGUCUUUUUGACCGAUGUAGACUUUCUUCCCAUGUACGGCCUGUACGAUUACCUCAGAAAAAGUAUUGUCCAAUUGGACAUGGCCAACACCAAGAAGGCCCUGGUUGUACCCGCCUUUGAGACGUUGAGAUACCGCCUUUCCUUCCCCAAAUCUAGAGCUGAGCUGCUGUCAAUGCUGGACAUGGGGACUCUCUACACCUUCAGGUAUCAUGUAUGGACGAAGGGUCACGCCCCAACCAAUUAUGCCAAAUGGAGGACAGCCACAACCCCAUACAAAGUGGAGUGGGAAUCAGAUUUUGAGCCGUACGUUGUUGUACGACGAGACUGCCCCGAGUAUGAUCAGAGAUUUGUAGGCUUUGGCUGGAACAAAGUAUCUCAUAUCAUGGAGCUUGACGCUCAGGAGUAUGAUCUCAUUGUGUUACCAAAUGCCUUUAUGAUCCACAUGCCCCACGCGCCAAGCUUUGACAUCUCGAAGUUCCGAUCCAGUCCGAGUUAUCGUUACUGCUUGACAACUCUAAAGGACGAGUUCCAUCAAGACCUUUCUCGAAAGUACGGUUCUGCUGCUCUCAAGUACCUCACAGCGCAGAGGAACAUCUGAAACCUGUUUCAAAUGUACUUUAGCACACAGGAGAAUGAAUCGAUCUAGUCCUUUGAGACUAAAGGCCAAUGCUGCUCUGGUUAAGGAAUUGGUGUCUAGAGGUAGGAACGAAGCUGCCGUCAUGCAGACCCAUGCCUCUCUUGAGUACAGACUAUAAAAUCGGAGCUUUAAUUUUUCUUUUGAUUGCAAUUCAUACAGCAGUGAACUGUGAAACCAAUGACAUCAGCACCACACCCACCUCAGACUGGUUUACACCAAACGGGGUGGUGAAAACUCGACCAAACAUUUAGACGGCUUCAAAACAACGUAACAAAGGACAUCGAUAUACGUCUGUGGAGCAUUUGUAAUGAGUCAAUUGCUUUAUAGCCUAAAGACAACGGUCAUGAUCAAGACAAUCAGGGCUUUUUCUUCACUACAGAUCUACGGCUAGUGAUCCAUGUCGCUACGCAGCUUUGAAAACCAUCCUGUGGAAUUUUAAUGGAGUGGAAAUGAACUUGAAAUGAAUGAGCUUUCCAAAUACUCUUCUGCUGGACUGAAGUGUGGGGAGGUCAACAAGACGAGAGGAACAUUUAAGCCUUAUAAUUUCCAUGAUAUUUAAAAUAUUUAAAAUAUUUUUCUUUGUUUUUAAUGCAGAUGACAAAAAUUACGGAGGAUGAUUUACAGCCUAUGUAUGUUUUACACUAUAAAAAAGAAAAUCACAGUAUUUUUUAAUUUAGCAACAUUGAUUCGCUUGUGGUAAAUACGGACUUUGAAUGCUUGACACAGAGUAUUUGUGUGUGGUCCUGGGGUCCUGAAUGUUGUAAAGAUGUUUCUGUUACGUUAAGAAUGAUCAGUCUUCUGGUUAUGUAUAACUGCUGCAUUUAUAUUUGACACAUAAAAUGGCGCAUAUUAUGACAUGCUUAAACAUCCAGAAUCGUAUACCAUGACACUUCCCUAUACCUUGAAUCCACUUCAUUCAAUCACUUUUUUUGCUUUUACGGUUUGCACGACAUACUUUUACAGAAAAACAACACUAUCUGUGUAUGAUUCUGUGCACAUUCACUUUGAGAGUCACUUGAGGGACCAUUUUUAAUGGAUGUGAAACCUAUAUCAUGUUCUGGUCUGCCUCCCAGAUAAUAAUCAAAUUUCCAAUUCACCGUCAGUCACUUGGAAAGAACGUGUCUGAAAGAAAUCUAAACCUGGAGCUAACGUGAAAGGUUGUACGAUCCAUUGCACCAAUCACUGUCACAAUGUUAUCCCCCGUGUAAGUAACUCCUCUCCUCGGAGUCAUAUUGAGUUCACCCGUCCUAUGCCAUUCAUGCCCGGGCACUCCAUCAGACUGUGCAGAUUUACGGUAAAUACCCGUGCCUUUGCUGUGUCGCGAAAACUGGAUAUUGAUUGUACUACUGUACGCAUCAGCGGGGCCUGCGAGAAUACAGGUACUCUAUUUAUUAUUGUUGACUUAAAUCAAUCAUAUUUUUCUAUGUAGGGGACAAAGUGCUUUAAAUAAAAUUUCCCUGUUUCUAUAAACUGGCAAAGUUCUCGU